AUGACCUGCACGACGGAGCAAGUGAGAUUGAAAUUCACUGCCUGGCCGCCUCGCGCUCCACUCGAUCUCGGCCAAUCAAAUCCCGCCAAAGAUUUUUUGAAGCCCAGGACUCUCGAGACGAACAUUUACUCUUCACGACUUCAGUCUGCCAUCACCGUCCAGCCGGCCCAAAAUUCACUAUUAACAGAAGCUCGAGACAGCAUGCUCGACGCAAAGCGUUCGAAGAUCACCAAACCUGCAUCUGCAAAGGCAAAGAAGGCGAAAUUUUCUUCAUCAUCACCCAGCGUCAAAGCCAACGCCGCAGCCACCUCGCGGGCAGCUACCAGUCCGUCCACAGACGCCACCACCACCUCGACAAAGACCUCAAAGAAGACCUCAAAGCCCACGAACCUGCCUCCUACAGCAUCCGAGAGGCCUCACUCUGCCUCCACGACCGCCGGCAUGUCUACUACAGCCGAAACGCCGCUCCCACCACUCAAAGACCUCGCCUCAUCCAACCCCGCCCUCCGCCGCCAAUGCCUCAGCACCGUCAUCUCUCACCUGGACUCCCGCCCCGCCACAUCUCCACUCACCAACACGCAGGCCUUGCAGCUCUGGCGCGCCUUCUACGUCGCGCUGUACAUGCACGAUUCCAAGUCGGCGAUCUCGGUGCAGAACCUCGCGCGGACGCUGGCGGGGACGCUGCGCAUCCUUUGGGGGAAGGACGGCGAGGCGACGGCGGCGGCGGCGGCGGCGGGGGCGGGAGUGGAGGCGGAAGAGGGCAAGUGGCGUCACAGCACGACCUGGGCGGACGCCUUCUGGGGUGAGGUUGCGCGCGAGUGGGCCGGCGUGGACCAGUGGCGCAUGAACAAGGUGCUGAUGCUGGUGCGCUUCUUUGUUGCCGAGGCGUUUGAGCUGGCGCUUGAGGCCGCUGCUGGCAGCGUGACGGAGGUAGGAGAAGUCGAUGAGGCGAAGAAGGGGGAGCAGCUCGGGCAGUGGCAGGAUUACGUGGCUGAUGUCGUGGCGCUGCCGCUGGAGACGGAGCGGUCGAUGCCGGAUGGAUUGAGGAUGCAUGUGCUAGACGUUUGGGGCGAUGAGCUAGAAAAGGUCGUGGAGACGGGUGAAGAGGCCCCGCAAAAGGAGGAGGAUCGGAGGAAAGAGGUCGCGAAUUUGUUGGUCAGAGCGGCAAAAGAGCUGAGCGUGUUUCGGCAGGGCGAGGUCAACGUGCCGCGGAACGUGAGGGCGCGGGCCAAAGAGGUCGUGGAGGGGUUUGGAGGGAAGUAG